AUGGACCUGACUCAUCUCUUUCUUCGUCACAACAGACCAGAUCAGUGCCUGCAUUACUGCAGAUACUUAAAGUCCUCCUUUACGCUAAGACUCUGUUUGGCUGGUGACUACUCCUCCAUCCUGGGCCUGCACUGCCUACUCUGCCUGGCUGGUGACUACUCCUCCAUCCUGGGCCUGCACUGCCUACUCUGCCUGGCUGGUGACUACUCCUCCAUCCUGGGCCUGCACUGCCUGGCUGGUGACUACUCCUCCAUCCUGGGCCUGCACUGCCUACUCUGCCUGGCUGGUGACUACUCCUCCGUCCUGGGCCUGUACUGCCUACUCUGCCUGGCUGGUGACUACUCCUCCAUCCUGGGCCUGCACUGCCUGCUCUGCCUGGCUGGUAGCUACUCCUCUAUCCUGGGCCUGCACUGCCUACUCUACCUGGCUGGUAGCUACUCCUCCAUCCUGGGCCUACACUGCCUACUCUGCCUGGCUGGUGACUACUCCUCCAUCCUGGGCCUGCACUGCCUACUCUGCCUGGCUGAUAGCUACUCCUCCAUCCUGGGCCUGCACUGCCUACUCUGCCUGGCUGGUGACUACUCCUCCAUCCUGGGCCUGCACUGCCUACUCUACCUGGCUGGUAGCUACUCCUCCAUCCUGGGCCUACACUGCCUACUCUGCCUGGCUGGUGACUACUCCUCCAUCCUGGGCCUGCACUGCCUGCUCUGCUUGGCUGGUAGCUACUCCUCCAUCCUGGGCCUGCACUGCUUGGCUACUACCUGCUUCUCCAAUCCUGCACUUGAUCUGCUAGCAAACUGCAUUUUUCACCAUACUAAACACGCAGCUUUCAACUGGUUGAUGCGACAUAUGAUCAUAACAAAUCAACUGCUCCAAUGUACAGAAUACCAGUUUCAAAAUGUAAAAAUAUGUUUGUCUCAAAACGUUUGGUCAUAAAUCAACUUCUUAGUCUUUCAAUGUUGCAUGAUUAUUUUUCACUGAAUGAAACCUCUAUUAUGUUACUUUCGAUUGAAGUCUCGUCCAAAAAUGUUAAAUCUCAUACUUUCGGAAAACAAAGACGAUUAAUUCUUAUGCUGCUUUUAAUGUCUGGAAACAUACAGCCAAACCCUGGCCCAGAGGCUCAGACUCCAUCUGACUUUAAGUCCUUAUCUGGCCUUAAAAUUAUUCAUCUCAAUGUCCGAAGUUUAUUGCCUAAAAUUGAUCAAGUACGGAUUUGGGUAAAAUCAACAAAAGCUGAUAUAGUGGUUAUCUCAGAAACUUGGCUAAAAAAAUCUAUAUCUGACAAUGAUGUUUGCAUAAAUAGCUUUCAAAUGUAUCGUGUCGAUAGGCCAUCUAAAGGUGGUGGGGUUGCCAUCUAUAUAAACUCAUCCUUCAAUGUAAAAUUACUUCAGGCUGAAUCUUUCUAUAAACAAUUUGAACUGGUAGCACUUAACAUUGAAAUUUCUAAAGGCUUGCAUGUAAAUGUUGUAGGAUGCUAUAGGCCACCUUCAGCCACCCAAAAUGCACUUCAAUCACUAAAGGAUCUCCUGCUUAAGCUUGACUCAAUUGAGACUAUACUAAUUGGAGAUCUGAACUGGGAUUGGCUUAGUCCAACUUCAGAAGAUUUUAAAUCCCUGUGUGAUCAUUUCAACCUAACACAAUUAAUUGAGUCCCCCACCCGCCAAAACAACAAGUAUCCCUCAAAGUCCACACUGAUAGAUUUGAUAUUAACAAAUGCCCCACAAAAAUAUUCCUCCAC